AUGAACGGAGCAGGAUCAGGCCCUCGCUGGCAGGUGCGAGUGUCCCGCUUCAUCUCCUUCAGCACAACCCACCGCCUCCACAGCAAAUUUCUUAGUAAUGAAGAAAACUUGAAAUUAUUUGGGAAGUGCAACAACACUAAUGGCCAUGGGCACAAUUAUAAAGUUGUGGUGACAGUACAUGGAGAGAUUGAUCCUGUUACAGGAAUGGUCGUGAAUUUGACUGACCCCAAAGAGUAUAUGGAGAAGGCAAUUAUGAAACCCCUUGAUCAUAAGAAUCUGGAUUUAGAUGUGCCAUAUUUUACAGACAUUGUAAGCACAACAGAAAAUGUAGCCGUAUAUAUCUAAAACCUCCAUAAAUUUCUUCCUGUGGGAGUUCUUUAUAAAGUAAAAGUAUAUGAAACCGACAAUAAUAUUGUAGUCUAUAAAGGAGAAUAA